AUGGCUUCUAUAGAGGCUCCUCAUGAUCAACCGUCCGAUCUGGGCACUCGAUCUGAUCUUGCCGCUGAUAAGUUCGCUUCACCAGCCUGUGAUGUGGAAAAGCACGGCGACUCACAGUCGUCGGAUGAGCCACAAGCGAAACAGUCCGCAUUCAAGAAUCUCGGUAUCCUCGACCGCUUCCUGGCGGUAUGGAUUUUUCUAGCUAUGGCAAUUGGAAUUAUUCUGGGCAACUUCGUGCCAAAUACUGGACCUGCAUUGCAAAAGGGAACGUUUGUUGGUGUCUCUGUUCCAAUUGCUGUCGGUCUUCUCGUCAUGAUGUAUCCCAUCCUUUGUAAAAUUCGAUACGAGUCUUUGCAUCAUGUCUUUCGGACACGCGAGAUAUGGAUUCAAAUUGCAUUCAGCGUGUUUCUCAAUUGGAUCAUCGCGCCUUUCCUGAUGGUAUUCACUAACGCUGAAUUCUGUCAGCUGGCAUUGGCGUGGGCUUUCUUGCCAGACGAGCCGGAGCUGCGUGAGGGACUGAUCCUCGUUGGACUGGCCCGAUGUAUCGCUAUGGUCUUAAUCUGGACCGGGCUCGCAGGAGGUGAUACCGAAUACUGUGCUAUCCUUGUUGCCAUCAACUCUCUUCUUCAAAUGGUGCUCUUCGCGCCCUUAGGAGUCUUCUUCAUCGAAGUUAUCAGCCGAGCUGGCGAUUCAGUCACCUUCCAAUAUUCCACUGCUGCAAAAAGUGUUGCAGUCUUUCUUGGGAUUCCCCUGGGUGCAGCAAUUGUUACGCGCUUCACCCUUCGGCAGAUCACCAGCCCGCGUUGGUACGACCAAGUGUUUCUGAAAUGGAUCAGCCCUUGGUCACUCAUUGGACUUUGUUCACGAUUCUGGUUCUAUUCGCUUCUCAGGGACGACAGGUGGUCCAUCAGAUUGUGUCUGUCACUGGGAUUCGGCUACAAGCUCGCUGCUACCCAGAGCUUCACUGCAGCAAGUAAUAACUUUGAGCUUGCUAUCGCCGUCGCUGUUGCGACGUUUGGGGCGAACAGCAACCAGGCUCUUGCAUCUACCGUGGGUCCUUUGAUUGAGGUUCCUGUGCUUCUGGGACUUGUCUAUGCUGUGAAAUUUGUGGCGAAGCGACUGGGUUGGAAGGACUGA